AUGAGCUCCAACAUCAAGACAGUUGCUUUUCUCGGAGGCACCGUUGGCUGCGGUCUCUCUGCACUAAGACAUACACUGGCUGCUGGCCAUCAAUGUAUUGCUCUCUGUCGCACCCCGUCAAAGCUUGCAGCUCUCAUCCCCCUUGAAUCAACACCGAACCUCAAAAUCGUUGAAGGCAACGCACAUGACAUCACCGCCGUUACAAAAUGUCUUCAAGCUGACGACAAAGGCAACAAGAUGGUUGACAUGAUAGUUUCAACGAUCGGCAGCCGACCUAAAGCCAGUUUAACCCCCGAGGACCCAGAAUGCUGCAGAAAAGGCGCUGCAGUUUUAGUCGAGGCUAUAAAAAUCCUCCGGGAUGCCGGGGCCACUGGAAAUCCCCAUAUUGUCGCCUUCAGCACUACUGGCCUCUCCAAGUUUGGCCGUGACUACCCUCUGGUGCUGCACCCAGUCUAUGGGUGGCUUCUCAAAGCUGCGCAUGAAGACAAAGAGCUUAUGGAGCAGCGGUUUAUUGAAAGUGGUCAGCCGUUUACUAUCGUGCGGGCUAGUCUACUGAACGAUGGAGCUACUAAGAAGACGGUUCGAGUGGGUGUUGAGGAUCCUAAAACUGGACGAGAGUCUCUGAAUAUUGGGUACUUUAUCUCCAGAGAAGAUGCUGGGAAAUGGACCGCGGAAAAUCUUGUCUUCAAGGAGGAUACGAAGUACUUGAACAAGAUUACAAUGAUCACUACUUGA